AUGGUAGUAAAGAUCAAUACCGCUACGAUCGUCGUUACAAUACCUACGGUUUGUGAAGCACGUAGACUCCUUAUUGAAUAUCAAAAAUCUCCGGAAUCUAAACAUGAUCAAACUAUUAGUUCUCAAAGCUAUAGCUUGUUCUAUCUCGUAUUGAAUAAUAAAUUAUCCAAAAUUUUACCGGGAUUUUCGCGAACUGAAUUAUCAUACGAAGCCAGAAAAGCUUGGAAUUCAGCAGACCAGGAUUUUAGAGACGCUUACGAUUUGGUCCUGGAGAAUGAGAUGGUAAAGAAAUGUUUGGAUGAUUAA